AUGCUGCGACUCUGUUCGUUCGUCUUAGCUUGCUGGCUGGCACACAGUUCGCGUUCGGUUGCCCUUCCAGUCGACGAUGCUGAGCCAGAAGCUGAGCCUCCCACUGUAGUCUAUGAGACCUCGGACCCGCACGAUGCAGCGACAGGCUCGAUAGAGGAAAUUCUGAAGAAGCAAGUGCAGGAUAGUGUGGCAGCAAGCACCCGAGACUUGGCAUUCUCCGCCAGCGGCAGGACGGAUGACUCCGGCAAUUCUACCGCUGCUGCCGAUGAGAAGCUGCAGCAACUAAAAAAGGAAACUGAACUGCAGAAAACGCGUGCAGCUCAAGAGCGCGAGCGCAUAGACGAAGAGCAUAGCCGCCACUCACGUGACAUGAUGGAGAUGGAGGACACGCUCAGCAAGAAGCUAGGUGAGCUGCAAGGAAGGGAGCAAAACCUCUAUGCGGCACAGCACCGGCUCGAGUCGCAGUUGGGAAAGGGUGAAGCGGAAAUGAUAAACGUUCACCAGCAAGCAGAGGAAGGGCGUUUUCUCCACCAGAGGAUACAGAAAAAUAUCUUCGACGGAGAACAAGAAAAGCUGAAGUCAAAAUACAAGAGUCGAAUCCAUCCCCACCGAUUUGCACAUGCAAAAGAAUCAGGAUUGCGGCAGUAA